AUGAAUUUUCUCAUCUUCGACAACGAACAUUUAUCAUCAAACUUAGUUGAUACAAUAUUAGCUGAUUUUCGACAUGUAACAUUAGUUUCAUCUGAAGAAUCUUUAUUAACGAUUCCAUCAUCAUCGCCAACAUUUUUAUUAAUUAAGCAAGUCAAUAUUAGAAAUGCAAGUGAAGUUAUUCAAAGUUUGUCUAAACAUGAAAAUGACCCGUUUGAUGCCAUUCUCAUGUUUAAUGCAUCAUCAUAUUCAGAUUUUCAGAAUCUUUUGCAAACGAUGCGACGAUUAAAACGACAACCUCCUCAUCUCUUUCUUAUUUUUAUUGGUCAGUCAGAUGAAAUUGAUAAAAAUACCAAUAAACUUCUGAGAGAAUCAGCAGAAUCUAUACCAUGGACAAUUCUUAUUUGUAAUCAAAUCAAUGCAUCCACAACAAAAAAUUAUAAGCUUGAAACAAAACCUGAUCCGAAAAAUCAUCAAGAGCCAAUUGCUUCGUCUGCUCUAUUUGAUUUUAUAUGCAAUGAAAUCAAAACAGAAAAACAUUUACAAAAAAUAAUUUACAUUUAUUAA